AUGUGGAUGGUGCAGCGGGGUUGCGCCAUCGUUGGAUUCCUCCAACGAUGUAACGAUAGGGAGGAGGACGUUAACGCGGAUAUUUCACUUUCACCUUCUGCACAUGUCCGAUGUCGUCAUUGGGAAACCACCGUCCUCGACAGAACCAUGGAUGAGCUGAGGCUGCAGCUCCGGGCUGAUGCGGCAACAUCAACAUUAAAGCAACUUGAUGGAGAAAACUAGAGGAGUCCCUUUAAGAUGACACGCACAGACCCGCCUGACAUAAUCGUAUCAGCUGUGCAUCGAGAUAUAAAAGUGAUUCCCAUUUCUUCACACUACAAGUCCUUGCAACCCUCCAAACAAUGUGAUUCUAUAAAUUACAGCACACUGGAGGACAGUAAGAGCAAAGUCAAUAAGAGGCACUGCCGUACCUUUGACUAUAAGUCAUUGGAGUACCCAAAAUCACACAAAUACUCAAUGGAGUCCCCAUACAGAAAGGCUGAUAGGCAUGCAGCUAACCCAGAUGUUGCCUGGAAUGCAUUGGGCCGCCAGCAGAGAUACCGCUUUUCUGCUCCAGACAUUUUUAGCCAUAGGUUAACUCCUCAACCAGUGGCUGCUGAUAUGGCCAGUGAGAUCACUGCCCCUGAACAAAAAAGAAGGACCAGGUCAAAAAGUGCCCCUCGGGUCCAGACCAGUCUCACCCCUGUGUCUUUUGAAGGGUCCUCAUCUUCCGGGAGGAAGGGGAGGGAGUCCCAAAGGGCUCCAAGAGACUCUCGCUGGCGACCAGAAGUAUCACCACGUAGGGAGUCAUCCUAUGCAGCAACUAGGGCUCACAUGCAUGAAGUACAUCCCAUUAAGUUGCAGCCUCAAGUGAGUGACAACAGUAGAUAUUCACCUCACUUUGCUGCUGAUAAUUCAGAGGAUGGAGGGCUAGAUAAACCAGCAACCAGCCCUCAUGUCAGGUGUCGGGUGGACAUCAAACCUGAUGACGGAGCAUUGCAUCAUUCAGGACGGAAACAGACUUCACCUCAAGUGGACAUACCAUGGCAGAGGCACCACAGUAGGAGUCUGACUGUUCCACGCCAUUUCUCCUACUCUAGAACACCAACUCCCACUGACUCUUUAGGUACAGAGAGUCGGCAAACUUAUCAAUAUUCCCGUAGCAUGCCAAAUAGUUACUUGCAACCAAUGGAGAUUCCCUUGCAAAGGAUGCCUUCAUCAGGUGAAUACUAUGGAAGGGAACGAAGAGCUCAUUCUAGUCCUAAUGUGCCAACCAAGUUCUUUUAUGCAGACGACCCAGGGAGAUAUGUCACUACUGCUCCUCCUCAACCAAGUUCUUACUUUCAUGAUGAACGUUACACACCGGGACAAACAUAUACUCCAAAAGUGCAAUAUGUGCAAGAUCCAAGGACUCGAGUGGUGCAAGCUGUAGCUACAAGACCCUAUUAUCCUGAGAUGGAGCCCUAUCCAUACCCUGUGCAGACAGGAUAUCCCAAACCCUAUACAGCAACUGAACCAGGGCCGUACAUCAUACAGACACCUCCAACUAGAAUAUUUUAUGGGGAUGAUCCCAGGUCUUAUCAAAUCCAGACUGCUCCGCCAAGGUUUUAUUAUUCCAGUGAUAUGUAUGCAAUGCCACCUGAGCACCAUAUCCCAGCAAGGGCAUAUUACACAGAGGGCCGAAGACAUGCUAGAGUUAUUCAGGCACAAACAGAUGACUGGUAUGGCUCAGAUGCUUCUGGUUAUUCCACCAAUCCUGCCUCUUAUGUAUCUCAAGUCACUCCAACCAGAGUCCGGCAAGAGCCUGGCUUAACAACCUGGUAUGCCAACCCAUGUGUAGAACCUCAAAGAAUUGGCACAGAUUCUAAAUCUUACUCCAGGUCCUGGGACAAUAUUCUCAACUCUCGUGUAGAGAGAGAACAACCUCUUCCUGUACAGCGUGGUCAGAGCUAUGAUGAUCUUCUUGACUCCAGGAAGCCUGCAGCAGCCACAGGUGACAAACCACAACCGGUGGUAGUCAAUCUCUCCAGUUCGCCAAGACGCUAUGCAGCCUUAUCAAUGUCUGAUAAUUCACUAAUUGACAAAAGCCCAACAGAGAUGUCAAAGAGCACUGCUAGUAAACUCUGGUUUGUUACCCCUGAGAUAACAAUCACUGAUAAUGACAUUCGACCAGGGAACCUUAAUAAGGCUGAAGGACGGUCUGCUAGUUGGGACAUUCUUGACUCCAGAAGUACUGAGGGUCCAGAACUGUCUCAUUGUGACUUUGAAACCUCAACCAAAGAGAAGACACAUGACAACGCCUCACUACAGCAAAGCUUAGAACAACUUGAUGAGCUUCUGGCAGAUCUUGUGACUGACUACAAGCCGCCUAGUAGAAGGGCAAGUGAGGACAUUCUGGAUCAACUAAAGAAGUUAAUUGAUGAGGAAGAAGCUGUAUCUCUGUCCAGAAAGAGCUCAAGGGCAGGUACAGAGGAACCAGCUCCUCUUGACAAGCAACCAACCUCAAUAAGAAUGAAUCCUGAUGCUUUUCGAGAUAUGGAUGGAGCUAGUGAUGCAAUGAAGAGUGCAGAUGAGUGCUCCCCAGAUCAGAGCCCUGAUGAGGAUGACACAAUGAUGUGCUCCAACAACAAAUGUCGGAGGACAGAGACCUUAUUCAAUGCUUGCCUAUAUUUUAAAUCCUGCCACAGCUGCUACACCUACUACUGUUCUCGUAACUGUCGCAGGGAGGACUGGGACAUUCAUAAAGAAAGCUGCUUAUAUGGAAGAAUUGGCAGCACAUGCCGUCACAUCAUCAAACACUGCCGGGAGACUGUUGAAGUCCACAAAGCCUUCUCCCGUAUUGCCAAAGUUGGGUACCUUUCUCGAGGUAGAGGAGUUCUCUUCCUUGGUUUUCCAAACCCUGCAUCAUCCAGUAAUUUCCUGCAGUAUGGCCUGGAUAGUCUACUUAUGUCUCCUACAUAUCUGUCCCUUCGAGAGCUUGAAAGCUUCAAGGACAACCUAGGGGAGUAUUGUAAGGAGCUGCAGGAAGCUGGCAAAGAGUAUGACCCAAACGAAUGUUUCAUCUUGAAUGUAUCGAUUGCUGUUGGAGACCAACUGCCUGAUGGGCCAUCACCAAGGAACCAAGCUCCAACUGUCAGAAAAUAUGCAAAGGUUGCCCUGGCUUCCUUCAGCCCGGAGAGAAAGGUUCAGAAGAAAGAGAGUGACAUGGAAACGCUGAUCCUCACUCCACCACCAGGAACAGCAGACAUCGACAAAGAAGGAGAGGAAGGCAGGAAGGCCAGGGAAAUCUGUUUUAUCAAUAUACAACGAGAGUUACGAAUUCGAGGGGUUUUCCUACGGCACGAAUACCCACAGGUGUAUCAGCAGCUCUGUGAGUUUGUGGAAAGUAACAGAAGGUUCACACCCACAACUAUUUAUCCCAUCGAUAAGAGGACCGGUAAACAGUUUAUGUGCAUGAUCAUGGCUGCCUCUGAGCCCAGAACAUUGGACUGGGUAGGCACCCCGCAUCUCCUUGAUGACAUUAUUUAAGUGCACCUUUUGUUGUAAAUAUAUAUGUAUAAAAAUACAUAUAUAUUGUUACACAUAUUUAUAUAUCAAUCCAAUUACAAACAUUUGUAGAUAAGUAUUUUGUUAUCAAAAUGAUAUAUAUUCAUGUCUGCUUGGUCAGUAUUAUUCAUUAUCAGAAUAUUUCCUGUCAGGUGCUGAAUGACUACAGUACAUUAUUUAUUUUAAUGUUUUUAACAAAUACAUACUUUUUAUCCACCACAAGUCAUUUAUCUGUAACCUGGUCAUGUACUGUUACAAUACAUUCCCUUUGGUUGGGAUUCUCUAAGCUGACAUGCUGGUUUUCAACUUAUUAGCAACUACUGUUUGUUAUUUGUAACUCAGCCUCUUUAAAUGAGUCCAUUUCUGUGCGUACAACAUGACUAUUUUUCAUAUACAUACUUUAAUGGUAUACAGUGCAUUCAGAAAGUCUUCAGACCCUUUGACUUUUUUCACAAUUUGUUAUGUUUUAGCUUUAUGACAAUUGUUUAACUUCAUUUUCCCCUCAUCAAUUCACACUCAAUUCCCCAUAAUGACCAAGUGAAAACAGAAUUUACACUUUACACAAAAAAAAACGGACAUAUCACAUUGACAUAAGUAUUCAGACAUUUUUUUGCAACGACUAAAGCCUUGAGUCUUCUUGGGUCUGAUGCAACAAGCUUUGCACAUCUGGAUUUAGGGAUUUUCUGCCAUUUCUCUGCAGAUCCUCUCAGGCUCUGUCAGGUUGGAUGGGGACUGUCAGUGAAAAGACAUUUUCAGGUCUCUCCAGAUGUUCAAUUGGGUUCAAGUCAGGGCUUUGACUCGGCCCCUCAGAGUUGUCCUGACCCACUCCUGCCAUGAGGGACCAGGGGACAUAUCCAGCUCCAAUAUACAAAAGAAUUAAAUUUUGACCUCCACUUUUGACACACACUCUCUCUCUCUGCCCCUCUAAUUUCUCAAUGCACUGUAUCUUUUAGAAAAUAUGAAAAGUAUUUUCUUAACUACAUAAAUACUUUCUAUGCAAAGUUGCUUCAUGAGUUAGCACCACUUUCCUGUACAAGGAGUUGUUUCUGUUAUUAUAUUAUAUUAUAUUAUAUUAUAUUAUAUUAUAUUAUAUUAUAUUAUAUUAUAUUACAUUAUAUUACAUUAUAUUACAUUAUAUUAUAUUAUAUUAUAUUAUAUUAUACACAUCUAUCUAAAGAAAGUUUUUGUCAAAAUUCUGAUAAAAUGUUGAAACCUUUGGUUGCAACAUGAAUCCUCAUCAUAAGAAAAUAAUGAAAAACUGGAAAAGAGACAGUUCUACUUGAAAUGUUAUAAAGACAGGCACAAAAUCUUCUUGUUGCUUAGGUAGGAGUACCAUAUUGAAAGUUAACAUUUUUCUCUUGACUGAGUCUAAGGGCGCAGUUUGAGAAAGGCUAAUUGCAGUAGUUCUGUAAUUCUGCUCUGAGGAUCUGCUGGAGCCAAGUUGGACUUGAAAGGAACCUUCAGAAUGGAAAUUGAAAUGGUGCCAGUUACCAGCCACACAGUAGGUGUUGGCCUGUACUGUUCAGUUUUAAACACUGUGAAAAGUGAGAGUUAUCUACUAAAAAUCAUGCAAUUUCCUAUAACACUGAAGUUGAUGAGUUGUAUUUUUAGAUAUAUUUAAAAAUAAAAAUAUAUGAAUUAGCAGCUGGAGUUAUUGUCUUUAGAGCAAGGUUUGCCAGAUUUGGCACAGUAGCUAUAUGGUACAUAAAUGCUUGAAGACGACAUUAGUUGUGUAUUUGUGCUGCACUAGGUUUAUUAUGUGUGAUUUAUACUGUCCUUUUUGGUUUUAGCAAAUCGGAACCAUUAUAUUGCUCAUUGGUUGCAGAUGUUUUAGAAAGAUUUAUCAAUGCAACUCAGCCGUGUUGCCUCAUUCUUUCUUUACAUUUGUUCAUUUUGUUUUCGUAGCGUCCUAAAUCACAGAUUUCCUGCUAGCAUACUGAUGAUGAUGAAUUUUAGAAACGCAACAGUCUAGCUGGAACAUAUUGUAUGUUUGAAAUGAUAUAAAUUAUUUAAACUGACCCCAUUUGACAAAUGACUGAACAUAUGUGGAAGAUGUGACGGAGCAUUUGUCAAUCAGUCCUCAUUACUUAAAAGUCCAAUAAGCUGGUUUCUCACAGUCAUUAAUCAUUCUUAUCCAUUUAAACCUUUUUUCCUUUCGAAAUCAGAUUUCCUCAAAGUUUUCAAAGUCAAAUGAAACUUGAAGCACAUACGGUGAGGUCACUGUUUGGCUGACAGGAUGUGCUGUACAGAGAAAAGUCGCUGGCUGCAUGUGAUUCUGUUUUCUAUGCUCUGAUCUUAUUUAAAAUGACACUGAUGAUAGUAACUUGCUCGAUGAAUGGAUUUGUGAAAGUGAAAACUACUAUGCUGUGUAAGAAAAAACAAAUGAAUUUUUCAUUUUUGUCAGUCGUUCAAAUUAUAAUAACAUGUCAAAGGCAAUGAAGAAGAGACCUCACUAACAUGUCGAGAAAAUCCUGUAAUCUUGUAUUUUUUAUACUUUCAACAUAUGUGUCUCAGUGUGUCUAUUUAUAAAGCAUAUCUAAUAAAUGGAAUGGGAACUCUG